AUGGCUGAUCCACGCACUAGUCAGCGCAUACCGCAGCGAUGCACGGAAUGCGCGAGGAGACGCGUCCGCUGCAACAAGAAAGUUCCUUGUGGAGAAUGCAUUAUCAAGAAUCGAGCCCAUUUAUGCACGCGAGAGGUUGUGCGUGUCCGGGGAAAGCUCACUGUGGCCACGCCCGUGGAAGCAAACAAUGGAGAUAUCAUUCAAGAGAAUUCCAAGCUGAGGGAACGGGUUGCUGAGCUGGAACUAGCUCUUGUGAUGAGCCUGCAAGAUCGGGCUGGUCUUCAAGCGCGUCCAACGUCUGGAUUGCCAUCUUCAACCUUUAGCUCUGAGAAUAUUACCGCAUUCGAAGAAGUUGGAGCGAUUCUAGAUGACUGGAAUCUAGGCAUUGUACAGCGCAGUCGACGUUCAGAUGACAGUUUCAACACUGGGGCGUCGCAGCCAUUGGAUACCCUACGAUCGUUACCAAAUCGGGUGGACAGCAAUGUGAUCUUGCAAUUUUCCUUGAAAAUGCUUGGAUGGAUUCAUUGUGCCGUCCGUGCAGACCAAUUCAUUACAGACCACGAUAUCUUACAAGAUGCCAUAGCAGAAGGUGAUCUACAAGGUCUUCACGAUCAUGGGUGGAUGGCAAUCUACUUCAGUUUACUCACGGUGGGUCUAUUUUUUAUGGACGACGAAGAAUUUUCGUCUCUCGGCUUUCAUGAUGCACAAGAUCAACCAUUAGAUCGUUUGCAGAUCUGCCACACAUGGUAUGACUCGGCAAUCAGGCAAUUAGAACUGUCGAAUGCCAUGGCCAGGCCUCAGCUAUACCUCGUCCAAGUUGCUGCCAUCCUCACCCUCUGCAACUCCCACUUUGGCGAAAAUUUUAGAGAAAGUAAUCUUACCAGUCAGGCGAUAAAUACUGCAAGAGAGCUGAAUAUGCACCGUCUCGGAACCGAAUCAUCAUUUCCCUCUCGUCUUAGGCGAAUGCCUGAGUGGGAUAGCCGAGCGAAAAGAGAACUGGGAAGGCGCUUAUGGUGGACCCUGGUUAUCUGUGACUGGCUUGCUGCCCUACGAGGGAUGAACCCCAACAUUCCCUCCGAUAGUUUUGACUGCACCGUAUCGAUUGGGCAGUUUGACAACAACGUCAUCUUGAAUGGAAUCUCAUCUUCGGAUGGAGACUCUAUGUUUUCUCCACUAUCACAUCACAUCGAGCUGGCAAAGGUGUCACAGCAAGUUUACGAAUACCUCCAAAUUCGCAAAAAGUCACCAACUGUGCUAUGCGAGUUCUUGAGAAAGCUUAAAAAGUUGGAAUCGGAUUUUGUGCGAAAAUUCGAAAGUGUUUCGAAUAGCUUCGCUGCUGGGAGUAACAACUCAAUACGAGAGCCACUUUGGGUCUCUGGCCAGAGAUCCCAUUAUUUAUGCACCCUGAACUACCUCCGCCUCAGUCUAUCCCGGAUAUUAUUGCAACCCAGUAUCUCAGAUCUACCAGUGUGGUCAGAGAUUCGCUCUCAAGCUAUCAGUGCAGCUUUGAAAACUGUCCAAAUGAGCGAGAUCCCACACGUGUACCGAUUAAUGUGGAUAUUUGGCUCGGCUACCAUCGCUGCCGGCGUGUUCCUUUGUCUAGACAUCCUUGUCUCCGAUCAACGCCAAGAUCCAGCCCUGGUCCAAGAGCGCAGACAGGCUGUUGAGCUAUGUAUUUCCACUCUGCUUCCUUAUGCACACAAGACAAAUAUUUGCAAGGAAGGUCCAAGAGCACUCCGAUGGCUGCUCGAACUGGAAGCUGCUCAACAUGAUGGACAUAAAGCCAUGUGGUAG